UAUAGAAUGUCAACCACAGCACAGUGAGUGGCACUGCAGUCUACCGAAGACACACACAAGAUGGAAGAUGUUGACGCCAUGUUCAGUCACCUACUGGGAGAGAUUGACCAACUUACUCAGACUCUGUUACCGUCAGGUGACACGUCAGAACCAGAGCCUGCCUCGCCGACAGACAGGACCUUCUCUGUGGGCUUCAAAGACCUCAACGAGUCUCUGAAUGAGUUGGAGGACCACGACCUGGAUGCUCUUGUUGCUGGAGACAUCUUCUCCACUCAGCCUGCUGACCAUCUCACAGAUCAUCAAACUGCUUCCUCACCCGUAACUGAAGGAUUUCAAGCAGCAGAUGCUCUGCUCCCUCCACUGCCAAAUGGCAGUGAGCGCUGCACUGUGCUGCUGACGAGUGAGCUCCAGACAAAGGCAGACAAAAUCAAAGUGGCUCUGGAGAAGCUGAAAGAGGCCAAAAUCAGGAAGCUGAUCAUAAGAGUGCUGAUGAGUGAUGGCAGCUCUAAGGUCCUGAUGGUGGAUGAGAGACACACUGUCCGAGAGGUUUUGGACAAACUGUUUGAGAAGACGCACUGUGACUGUAGUGUAGACUGGAGCCUGUGUGAGACCAACCCCGAACUACACACUGAAAGGCUAUUUGAGGACCACGAGUACUUACUGGAGACUCUGUCUGCAUGGACUCGCAACAGUAAAAAUCAAAUGUAUUUUCUUUUCAAACCUGAGAAGUACAUGUUGUUCAAACAACCUCAGGUAUUUUACAUGUGGAGAAAGGCGAAAACAUAUUUGAGUACGAUUUCAGAGCAGGCCAAAACCCUUUUACUACAAGAGAAUUUUGAAGGUUCUGCUCUGAUUGUUCCUGAUCUUGAGGGCACUCUGUUCCUCAAAGAAGAAGGGAAGAAAGUUUGGAAACCACGUUAUUUCUUGCUCAGGGCAUCAGGCAUGUACUAUGUGCCAAAAGGCAAGACAAAGACAUCCAGUGAUCUUGCCUGCUUUGUCCAGUUUGAUAAAUUCCACAUUUACACCACCAGCAACUAUAAACAAAGAUACAGAGCUCCCACCGACUACUGCUUCAUCCUGAAGCACCUGUUCAUCCAGAAAGAGUCCAACUACAUUAAGUUCCUGUGCUGUGACAGUGAACACACACUGUCUCUUUGGGUCAACUCCAUCAGAGUAGGAAAGUAUGGGACGGUCCUGUAUAAGAACUACCAGACUGCAGUGAACAGAGCCUCAGUUCUCUGCCUGUCCACUCCUUCUGCCUGGAGAUCAGCAAUACAUUCUGCUGAACACAAAGAUGGAUGCAGUGAUCCAGAUCCAGUUGGGCCUGAAUCCACAGAUGAUGAAGAGUGUGAGCAGCCGCCGGACUUCAUUCCUCCACCUCCUCCUGGACUCAUCAACCUCAGAGAAUCGACUCCUCGUUGAUAAGGAACACAUUGGCUUUAGCUUCUAGUGAAUUCAUAUCUGAAGAAAAGUCCAAUUGGACGCAUGAGCGAGAACACAUUUUUUCACUCGCUGUAUGUUAUUUUCAGACUGUUGUUUUCACUUCCUGUGAAAAAGAAGUUGACUUAAAAAGGAAACAAGCUGCACAGACUUUGCUAUGGCCUUUGGACAUCAGCUGAACCUACUGAUAUGUAUGACAAACUUAAAGUUGCAGUUGACACCAAUGAAGAAUCUCAAGUUAAAAAUCCUUUUCAGGUUGGGACCAACUUGGGUUACAGUGGCUUGUUCAAAGUCACGUUGACUUUUAGGAAUUUGAAAGCUUCGAUACACUAACCUCUUGGUCACCUGAUAAUGAAGUUUCUUUAAAAUAAUAUUUAAUCUCCUCCAGGAAGACGCCCAUCAGGUUAUUCUAAUAGUUCCUGUGUGUGAACAAAAUAACAUCUGGACGGGUUUCCGCCAAACCUGGUGGCAAUAUUAUUUGGGUUAGUGUCUCCAGAUGAUUAACAUUUUGAACAGACUGGUCAAAAGUCAAGGCCAAGCGAAACAUAACCCACAAAACACAUUUACCGUAACAUCUCUGCUCCCAAUGUGGGUAGAGGUUUGAUCAAAACUCAUAUUGAUCACUAAAAUAUUUGUGAUUGAUUGAUAUUUAAGCAACUUCAUGAAAAAGUCACAAAGAAGUCAUAAUAAAUAAAUAAAAAUAAAAAAACACCUUGCAGAACCGUUUAGUGCUUCGACGCUUACUGCAUGUACUGCUAACAAGUACUAAAAACUCAUAUCUCAGUGUGCAGGCACACUCUAAAGAAUUAACCGCUGUCUCAAUGAGAAAAGUGAUGUAACAAUUUGCAUAUUUGUUUGUUAUUUCAACUUAACUAAAGUUAUUUCAAGUUAACUAGAGACGUCUUGUGGUAUUAACUCAGUUGAAAGUUGAAACAGCUUGAAAGAAAUCUAUGCAAAUUGCUACAUCAAUUUUUCUCAUUGAGACAGCAGUUCCUUGUUUUUUAGAGUGCAGGAUACACAUCAGCCAUCUGAUGCUUUUUUCUUGUUGAAGUUUAUCAACUGAUGACGUUGUUUAUAUAUUUCUAUUUGUAUGAUGGGAUAAGCUCCACCCACACAAUAAGGUUUAUAGGAUAAGCAACAAGAAAUGGAUGGAUGACUCCCUCGGUUUGUAGGUAACUGUGGGUUAAGUGGAGCUGGUUGGACGUAAGGCACAAGGAUGGUGGACUGAUUGCUCCAUGUUAAACUGUCCUUGAACAAAACCCCAUUUUGUCCCUAUUUCUAAUCCUAAAUCUGACAGUUUGAAGAAUUGUUUGAAUAAGUUUUGAUCUGAUGGAAUCAUCCAAGGACAACAUGGUUGGAUUUUUAAGGGAGAAUAAAAAAAAUAUAUGUGUGGAAAAUAUACAGUAUCAGUCAAAUGUUUGGACACAUUUUCCCAGGGACACAUGUCCAAAGUACAGUAUGACUGUCAAAACCAUUUUAGUUCAUCUUGACAGGCCUAGCAAGUGCA